ACAGUUUAGUGAGGAGGGGCUCAACUCUGUCUUCUCCACUGGAAGUGGCAGAUGGAGACGCGUUGUGAGUCCUAGCUUUUAACUGGGAAUUUUUGAAUCCCUCUUUUGUUGCAUUGCUGGACAAAACAAGAUUUUUCUCUGUUGUGGAAGUUGAUCUCUGAAACAGAAGACAGUUUCAAUGGUGAGCCAGGGUGGAAUACGGAUGGAACGAGGUUAUAUUUUUGGAUUCUGUUGCCUGGUUCUGUUGGAUCCAGGACAGGUUUGGACUGGAUCUCCCAAGACCCAGAAACCUGGGUUGGAAAUGCAGAUGCAGAUGAAUGGCAAUACCAGCUCGGUUCCUACCUCAGAGGACGCCACUAUGAACCCCACGGAGGCCAUUCCUGGGGGUGAUCAGUGCCGUGGUUACUAUGAUGUUAUGGGUCAGUGGGAUCCUCCAUUUAAUUGCAAUUCAGGGGUCUACAAGUUCUGCUGUGGGACCUGUGGGUACCGAUUCUGCUGCCAGUUCACAACUGGGCGACUGGACCAAAGUGGCUGUUCCAAUUACGGCACACCACAGUGGAUCAGCAUAGACCAACCACCACCACAUCGAGUGGAUGAGUCCCCUGAGAAUCCAACCAGGGACAAGACCAACAUGAUUGUAUACAUUAUAUGUGGUGUGGUGGCCAUCAUGGUACUGGUGGGCAUCUUCACCAGGUUGGGGCUGGAGAAAUCACAGAGCCCUCAGGCAGAGAUGACCAUAUCCAGAACACUCACCGAUCUGCUGAAGCAGCCAGGUCAUGGCACAUCUGAUCUCUUGCCUGAUGGCCACAUUGGCAGUGUGCAGGUCCAGAUUGGCGAUGGGCUUUCUCGGGGAUCUCCCAGGAAUAGCAAAGACAAGAAUCAUCUGAACAAUGCUGUGGUUAACCCCGCCACUGCCCCACAGAUUGGACUGCCGCAUUCACACAACAACUGGUUGCAAAUGGCCAGCACUAUGCCACAGAAGGCACCUGACUAUGCCAAAUACGCGACUCUCAAGGCUGUAGAAAGUGCUCCUGAAGAAUUCUACAAGCACUUUCCCAUGGUGGACAUGCCACCGGCAGGCACUCUGUCCUUCCCUCCGUUGACGCUACAUCAGAAAGACAUCCCACCUCUCCAAGACGGCUGUGCCAUGAUCGGCUUGGCAACACCAGGGCAGAAGGCCAAAGUGAUGAAAACCAAUGCUCACACUCUAGCGGGCAGCCCAGCCUUCAAAGGUGGCUGGGAGCACAGCCAUCCCGACCAUCGGAGACAGGCCUACACCACCAAGCGUCAGUUCAGUGUUGAGAAGCUGCCUGAAGCGUUCAACCAGACACCUACCCACUAUGGCCAGCAACAACGACCCUUUACCACCAACAGCAAGACUGAGGUCACUGUCUAGAACAGAGCUGCUUUUUGUUCUUGCAUUUCCCCCGUUACUUUGAAAUAAUCUAGCAGCCUGGGAGGUGGGGACAUUCUUGCCAAACUAGAACACCUGUUGUUGACAUAUCAGAGUAAUUCCCCACUGGCACCGCUAGGUUUUGUGAGGGAGCAAGGGAAAGUGUAAAGAAAAGAGUGGCCAG